AUUCUAAACCUAAUUUUAUACCUUCUGCGUUCUAUCUUCCCUGCGUUCUCCUCAGUCCUCUCCUCUGCUUUCGUUCUUCCUCACUCAAGGAUACCUCUCAACCUCGCGCCGCCGCCCGCGCCUCUGUCUCGCGCCGCCGCCCGCGCCGCCGCUGCGUGUCUCAUCUCCUUCGUUCGUGGGUUCGUGGGUAACCUUCUCCUCUGCGUUUGUUUUAUUUUUUUUUUUCAUUUCCUUCUUCCUUCAUGAUUUGCUUUCAUCCCCUUCUUCUUUGUUUUUGUUUCCUUCCUAAUUUGCUGUGCUUAAUUGCUUAUGUUCCCUUCUUCAUCCCCUGAUUGCUUCAUCUCCUUCGUGUACCUUCUAUUUUUGUUUUUUUUUUCAUUUCCAUGUUCUUUCAUUUCUGUGAGUGAGAUGAAUGUCAGGUUUUGUGAGUUCUUUCAUGUUCUUUCCAUGUCCUUACCUGCUAUUUUUGUUUUCUGGGACAGUGAGUGAGCAAUGUCAGGGGCUGGAAGUUCACAAAACACUAGUAAUGCUGCUACUGCUUCUUCUAAUGUAAGCGGAAGAUCGAACUAUCCCGGUAGAAGAAAUGAUCCUGGGUGGAAACAUGGGAUAGAUGUUCUUGGAAAUGGCAAAAAAGUUCGCUGCAACUAUUGUCAUAGCGAAUUCUGGGGAGGAAUUAAUAGAUUCAAGUUACACCUUGCUUGUUAUGGAGGAGAUGCUGGGCGAUGUGUUAGUGUCCCAGAUGAUGUGAUGCAAUUGUUUAAGCAAAUUGUGUCUAAUGCUGAAGAUGCAAAAAAUAAAAAGAGGCAUUUGAUUGACAUUAGUGCAGAAAAUGAAGUGGAGGUUGAUGUUGCUAGGCAUCAAAUUCAAAGCAAAGGGAAAGGUCUUCUUAGCUUCACAUCAAAGGGAAAGAGUAGUGGAGGAGGGGUGCAACAACAUUUGAAUGAAAUGCUGAAAAAAGACUUGAAGGAGCAAGCUUAUGAUGAAAUUGCUGAAUUUUUCUACACAAGUGGUCUUUCUUUCAAUGUGGUGAAAAAUCCUGCUUUUGCAAAGAUGUUGGAGACUGUUGGGAGAUAUGGAUGUGGUUUCAAACCACCUUCUUAUAAUGAUAUUAGAGAAAAGCUUUUGAAACGAGCUGUGGCUCGAACUGAUGGAAUAAGAGAUGAGUUUAAGGAGGAAUGGAAAAAAACCGGUUGCACAAUCAUGUCUGAUGGAUGGACUGAUAGGAAGAGGCGCUCAAUUUGCAACUUCAUGGUAAACAGUCCUAAAGGUACAUUUUUUCUGUAUUCAUUGGACACUUCUGACAUUUCAAAAACCACUGAUAAGGUUUCAAAAAUGUUGGAAGAUGCUAUCAAUUAUGUUGGAGCAGAAAAUGUUGUUCAGGUGGUUACUGAUAAUGCUGCAAAUUACAAAGCAGCGGGAGAAAAAUUGAUGCAAACAAUAGAUCAUUUGUAUUGGACCCCGUGUGCGGCACAUUGCAUUGACUUGAUAUUAGAAGAUUUUGAGAAGAUUUUGAAUGUGCAUAAAGUCACUAUAAAGAAGGGAAGAAAUAUCACCACCUACAUAUAUUCCAGGACUAUGCUUAUUACUUUGUUGAGGAAAGAGACUUCUGGGAGGGACUUGAUUAGGCCUGGUGCGACUCGCUUUGCCACAGCAUAUUUGACUCUAUCUUGUCUUAGUGAACUCGAAACACCACUGAGGGCCAUGUUUGAUUCAGAAGAUUGGAGGUCAACUAAGUUUGCUGCUUCAACAGAGGGGAAAAAGGUGCAAAGAAUAGUAAAGGAUUCUCAAUUUUGGAAGAACAUAGUGAUAUGUCUCAAGGCUGCUGGUCCUAUGAUAGAAGUCCUUCGCUUGGUGGAUUCAGAUGAAAAACCCGCCAUGGGUUUCAUAUAUGAUGCAAUUGAUACCGCUAAAGAGAAGAUAAGAACAAACUUCAAGGAUGUCAAGAAAAGAUAUGAGUCUGUAUGGAAAAUCAUUGAUGAGAGGUGGGAUAAACAACUUCAUAGGCCCUUACAUGCAGCUGGAUAUUAUCUUAAUCCCUACUUCCAUUGGGAUUCUAAUUUCAAAAAGGAAGAUGUUGAGGUCAAAGAAGGGCUAUACAGUUGCAUGAUAAUGAUGGUACCCAAUGUCGUGGAGAGGAAAAAGAUUCAUGCCCAACUUAUUGUGUUUCAUAAUAGAAAAGGCAUGUUUGGACUAGAAGAUGCACAAAGUGUUAGGAAGACUGUGACUCCAGCAGAAUGGUGGGAGGCUUAUGGAGAUCAUUGUCCCGAACUAAGGAAUUUUUCCAUUCGGGUUCUAAGCUUGACUUGUAGUUCUUCCGGGUGUGAGCGUAAUUGGAGCGCAUUUGAAAUGGUGCAUACAAAGAAAAGGAAUAAAUUGCACCAAAAGAAGAUGAAUGAUUUGGUUUAUGUCAUGUACAACUUGAAGUUGAAGAAUAAACCAAAAAAGAGAAAUGUUUUUGCCUCUUGUUCAUUUGAGGAAGUUGCUUCAGAUGAUGAGUGGAUAACUGAGGAAGGAGAAGAUGUUAAUGUCAAUGAACUGAAUGAAGAAGUUGGACUUGAACAUCUUAAUGAUAAUGAUGUUAAUGUUGAUUUGGAUGAAGUUGAAGGAAGUAUUAGUACUCAUACUAAUGCAAGUGGAAUUAGACAAGACUUUUCAUCUGAUUCUGAUGAAGGUGAUGUCGAUGGCAAUGAUGAUGGAGGAGAAUCUGAAGAUGAUGAUGGUGAUGAUCAUGGAAUGGAAGAAUGACUUUUCAUCUGACUUUUAUGUACUUUGUUUUAAUGCUUUUGUUGUGGUACUUUGAGUAUGUACUUUAUUUUGGUACUUAACUACUUAGCUUAUG